UGCAACGUGCUACUCGCAGCAACUGGUCGCACGUUCGUUUUCUCCCUUAUGCGCUGCCGUUGAGAUUUUGUGAUUUUGCGAAGAAGCGAGCGAGCGAGCGAGCGAGCGGAAAACGGACAAACAUCUAAACCCAACCAAAACAGCAACACGAAAAAUCGGAAAAUCAUCAUUGUUUCGUUUUGCUCGGCCAGAUCGUGAUUUCGUUUGCGGCAUUCAUACAAACAUCGGUCGGUUGGUCGUUUGGUCAGUCAGUCAGUCACUCUGUCGGUUGUGUCGUCAACUGUUGUCGGUCGUUACGCAGGAAAUUGUCGUCUUACCAAAAAAAAAAACAAAGAGAAAAAAUCAAGUGAAACAAAGGACAAUCGUCGGGAUAUUUUCCAAACAUCCCAACAAUCGCGCAGCAGGCUCCGUGGCCAAACAUCCAUCAGCAGCAGCAGAAACAGUUCAAGAGUCGUGUGUGAAUUUGGGCUCAACAAAGCCAAACGGAACAAAACAAAAAAUUAAUAAAAUAAUUACAAUUUGUGUUUACAACAGACCGCGAGAGACGGGCCGGGCCUUACGCACAGAGACAAAAGACAGCUCGUAACUCAACUGCCUGUUCUUCUGCCUCUGGUUCUGCAACAUCAGAGCUACGACAGUCAAAUUUAUGCAAAUGCCUUCGCAGGUGUGUGAGUAAAUGUCUGACUGCCUCAGUGAGAUAUUCAGUGAGUGAGCGAACGAGCAAGCGACUGAGUGAGUGAGUGAGUGAGUGAGUGAGCAAGUAGUGAGUGUGGCAAGUGGAAAACAAAACAACAACAAUAACAACGAGGAGGAGAUACGACGAUUCACACGUGCUUCAAUUCGGUGUAACGGUAACAGAUCUAAAUCGAAUAGCCGAGAAAAGUCCUGCUGAUUCAGAUUUUAUUGACUGCGACAAUGUCGAGGCAUUCAAUGAGCACCAAGGAAGCAGAAUUGUUAACCACAGCCACCAGGACCCAUUUGAAAAGAGUUUCAACAAAAGCCACAGCUCCCCCCACCUUCAGCAGCAGCAGCAGUAGUUACUUUGACCAUAAUCGCAGCCGGAGCAGUUAUCGAGGCUUCAGCAUUAGCAGCAGUAUUUGUUGUUUUUGGCCAUCUUGCCUUUGCUGGCACUUCUUGGUAUCCUUCUAUUGCUGCCUUUUUGUUUGCAUUGUGCAACAUUGCGGCACUGAGGCGGAAAUCGCUUCGGUUGGUGCUAUUUCCGGUGGUGGCGCUGGUGCAGCCGGUGUGAGUGCCAUUGGCAUGGGCGUUAUGGGUACCCUGACGGCUGUGGGUAAAGCUGUUAUAAAUGGCGACACUGCAGCAGCUACUAAUGACGAUGACGACGAUGGAGGAGGCGAAGGUGGGGGAGGAGAAGGUGGUGGCACAAUUGGCGCUAGUUCGAUACUCUCCAAUAAUUUCGACAGUCAAGAUUGUACUUCACGUAAAUUCCAGAGCAUGGCUAAGAAUAUUGAUGACAUCGAAGAUUUGGAAUUGGGCGUGCCGGUGAAUAUUGCAUUUGACAAACGCCAAAGGAAAAGAUUUGUACUGCAUUUGAAUACAUCGACGCCCUUAAAUAUAAAUUUCUCACAAAUUGUGGCACGCAAACUGUACUUUAAUCAGACGAUAAAUCUGCUGCGUUCCAGCAAAAAUGCCCAACAUUCGAUAACCCUGACUUGUGCCCUUCGUGGCCAGUAUGAUAUUUUUGUGCAGGCCCGUCACAGGGGUUCGGUGAAAAUCGAGGCCAUUGGUUUGCACCCGCAGGCCAAUUGGCCGCUAUUGAAUCGGACACAUCGCAUUACCAUACGAAGUCAAAAUCGAAUACGAAAACGCCAAAUGAUUGUCAAAUGGGACAAGAGCAAGUUUGAUUCGCAUGCAGUCCAGUAUUGUCUGGUGGUCAGCACGAGAAAUGCCCAUAAAGAUUUCUGUCAGGCAGUUGAUGAGUUUUUGACAUCGCCCUCGGCAAAUCGUAGAAAUUCAAUGGGAGUUUGUCAACAACCCCUAACCAUAGAAUCGAUAUUGUCCAGGCCAGCUGAGAGGGCCAAGAAAAUCGAUCCCCACACCACAAAUGUCAUUUGCACCGGCAGUCGUACCCAUCAGCUUAUCAGAGGCUUGGCGCCCAAUUACGAAUACUUUUUGGAUGUGUUUGGCAUUCACACCAAACGCCAGAAUCUCACCUUCCACAUAGCCUCAUCAACCAUUCAUUUCAACAGAACUCAUCCGGCCUUGUUGAAGGCCAACUCCCUAAGUAUUGUUAAGAUAUCAGGUUUACAUGGGGUGCAAGUGUUUAGUUUUAAGGUCCCUCCUCUUCCCACGCCCGAUUCCCAGACGUCAUUGCGCUAUCUGGUCUUACCCUGUGGCGGCAGUGAAGUCGAUGCCAAGAUUUUGAAACAACGCAAAGUCAUUGGAAAUAUCAGCAACAUUUACCGGCCAACUUACAUUGAUCUCUCCUCGAUACGAGAAGCGGGGCGCUACAUGAUCCGUUUCAAGCCCAGCAAUGAUGACGAAGUUCUUCGCGCCAAUAAAAUUGGGCUGGCCGUAACAACCAAUCGCGUUUUUAGUCAACUGCCCGAAUUGCCCGAAAACAUAACCGUUUUUGAGGUACGAACAAAAUGUCACUCCACCAAAAUUGCCUGGUACAGUUCGCCAGAAAUUCGAACACUCAGUUACUGCAUAAUUGUGUUCAAUUUGCCGCAACGCAAUCGCAGCUCCAUCGAUUAUACAAAUUAUUGCAUGGAUUUUGGCAAGCGUGUAGUGCAGCAUCCGCAGUUUCAUUCAAUAAAAUGCCCCAAAAAAGCUAAAAACCCACCACUUUUGGAAACCGACACCAUUUUCAAUCUAACACCCGGUGAAUCCUAUCUAAUCUAUGUGACGGCCAAUCUGAGCGAAGGCAAGCCGCUACCCUAUCAAUCUCUUAAAGUGAAAAUGCAUCACCAGUGCCCCGAGGAAGUGCUGGGCGCCGAAUCAAGAGAUCAAUCGACCUACUAUUUAAAUUAAGUUUUAAACUAUAAGAAAGCCAACACAAAAAGAAUUCCAAAAAAAGAAGCGAAACACAAUUACAAAACAAGCUAUGAUCUACUCUAAACUAAAUUACAGUAGCAAGGAAAGAAAACGCCAUUGCCAUUUGCUAAUCAAAAAAAGAAACACACAACAAAACAAAAAAAAAGAAAAAGAAAAACCAGAUAUUUGAUAAAUAAGCAACGAAAAAUCAAAUGAAUAUUUUUACAACAACUAAUUUUAAAUUAAAUGUUUUAGUUGUAGGAGAUUUGUUUUUGUAAUGUUUUAGAAUAUCUAUGGAAAACAAGUAGCUUUUAAUUUUGCAGCAAUAAGUUAUGUUAAGAGGGAGAAAAAAUGAAAAACGAAAAAGAAAGCAAAAAAAUUAAAUAUGAUUUGGAUUUAAGAUUUACAGGUCUACCUAAAAUCGAGCGUAGGAGGUCUAAGUUUUUCACCACGAAAAUUGAACACAAGGGAAAUCCAAUGAGGCCUCAGGGAGGCAAAU